AUGGCCUGCAAGCUGAUCGUCCUCGCCGCCUUCGUGGCUGUGGCCCGUGCUGGCUACCUGGGAGCCCCUGCGGUGGUCGCCCCUGGCGCUCCUCUGGCUGCCCGUGCCUACGCCGCCCCCGUGGCGUACGCUGCCCCCGCUCUCCGUGCUGCCCCCGUGGCCUAUGCCGCCCCUGCCCUGCGCGCCGCCCCCCUGGCCGUCGCCCCCGCCGUGAGGGCCGCCCCCGUCGCCGUCGCCGCCCCCGCCGCAGUGGCCGCUGAGUACGACCCCAACCCCCAGUACAGCUACGCCUACAAUGUGCAGGACGCCCUUACCGGUGACUCCAAGACCCAGCAGGAGAGCCGCAACGGUGACGUCGUCCAGGGCAGCUACAGCCUGGUCGAGCCCGACGGUUCCAUCCGCACCGUCGACUACACCGCCGACCCCGUCAACGGCUUCAACGCCGUCGUGCACAAGGAGGCCGGCGCUCACCCCGCCCCCGUCGUCGCCAAGGUGGCCGCCCCCGUCGCCUACGCCGCUCCCGCCAUCGCUAAGGUCGCUGCUCCCCUCGCCUAUGGAAAGGCCAUCCUGGGUUAAAAACAACAACGACUUGGAACAGACAAGUAUCUAGAAAAUUCCCACCAAGUUCCCAUCCCGUUUCCCUGCCCAGAAACAUUUCUACUGUGCCUUUUUAUGUACAUAAAUUAUCCUAUUUAUUGUGUGUGAAUGAGUCUUCCAGUCUGUAAAAAG